CUCCCCCAUCCCCUGCCAUUUUCCUCUGUUCCUCCGUCCGAAAAAAGCACGGCAACGACACCUGGAAGAGAGAUGGUUGGAGAUUUCAUGGUGUGCGUCGAUAGGAUCAUCUCCUCCGCUUGCUUAGAGGCUGGUAAUGGCGGUGGUGGCGGUAGUGGGUAUGGUGCUCCGGCGGUGGAUGUUGGUCGGGGAGAGGAGGGGCCUUCCGAGAAGAAGAAGGCUCAGUCCAAGAAGAAGAAGAAGAAGAAGAAGAAGGGAGGAGGAGAGGUUAUAGAGUGCAGGAUAUGCCAAGAAGAAGGGGACGAGAGUGAGAUGGAGGCCCCUUGCGCUUGCAAUGGCACCCUCAAGUUUGCCCAUAGGAAAUGUAUUCAGAGAUGGUGCAAUAAAAAGGGGGAUAUCACUUGUGAAAUCUGCAACCAGGUUUAUUCGCCCAAUUAUUCCCUGCCCCCAAAAAGAGCUUGUUCUGAUGCAAUGGCCAUUGAUAUCAGACAAAGUUGGGGCACACGGAUUGAUCUUCAUGAUUCCCAUUUUCUAGCCAUUGCUGCUGCAGAGCAGGAGUUGCUACGUGCAGAAUAUGAAGAUUAUGCAGCUGCAAAUACCAGUGGCAUUGCCUGUUGCCGCUCUGUUGCACUCAUUCUGAUGCUACUUUUGCUUGUUCGUCAUAUUCACAUGGUCACAAGGGAUGUUGGAAUGAUGCAGGAUGUAUCAGCCUUCUUCAAUGUAUCUCUUCAGUUUGCUGGCUUUUUUCUUCCAUGCUAUGUAAUAGCACGUUCAUGCUACCUUAUACAGAGCCGCAGGAGGCGACAGGUAUGCUUUUUAGGGUCUAAGAGGCCGUGGAAGCCUUUGGAUUUUACUCUAGCAGAAAGGGAGACAACUUGUAGUUUCCCAACUGCAAAACUUUUGGGGUGUUAAUGCUUUCCCUUGUUUGGUGCUGAGUCUCCGCCAAGAUUGGUCGUUUUCCUUUCGUACAAAAAUGAAUGGGAAUUGAAUUCCUGGGAAAUGGUGGUAGUUACGCAAAAAAUCCUGCUUCAAGAAAUGUGUAUAUGAAAUGGCUUCUCGAGUGGUUUGUGGUAGGCAGAAAGAUUUGCCUCUCUUCAAGUUACUACUGUUUUGUGGUUAAUGUGAUUCUCCUUAAAUCAAAGUAGGCAGAAAGAUCUGCCUGUCUUCAAGUUACUGCUGUUUCCGAAGUCUUCAGAAGAUGUGUGAAAUUGUGUAAUGAUGGAUGAUUGUUGGCAGCGAGCGGGCCAACAAUUUACAUCUCAAUACGUAUCCAAAUUAUCUGACAGCACUAGUUUUAACUCAAUCAAUUUCUCAAUUCCACGGU